UUCGCGAUAACUCUUCCUGUGCUGAGAUUUUUUUUCCAAAAUUGAGAUUUGCAGUUCGCGCGAUUUCGACGCCAUGCAGUUGAAUAAAUUGACUGUUGAUUGAAAACUACUCGAACGGAAGGAGAAAAAUACGACCUCAGCAAUGCACUCAAAUCUGUGGAUAUUUAUUUGGCGCCGAAAACUUUCCUUUCUGCUGGUUGUGUCUGGCCUAGUGCUGCUCGGCCUUUGGACGUGGGCCAUACUAAUCGAUACGACAACCGCCUCCACGCAGCCAGCGGCCGCCUCCUCCAGUUCUGAGCGCCAGCAGCAGCAGCAAUCCACCGGUUACCAGCAGGUGCACAUCAUCCAGAAGCUGAUUGCUCAGGCCAACCGGUUGCUGAAAGCCGAGCGACUGAAGGACAACGCCGUCGAAAAGUCACCUUCACCCGUCCAGCGGCUGGGAAACGUGCGAUUCCUGCGACCCACGCAGGCCAAGAAGGCCCCGCUGCCCAUGUCCGAGAGCUAUCUGUUCGAGGAGGAGCGCCUGAAGAUCCUGGAGCAGCAGCAGCGCCAAAAGAACGCCGGGAUGGAGGAGCUGAAUGCCAAUGCGGAGGAUGAGCGAAUGCUCAGCUCGGCGGAGCGGCAGACGCAGUACGAGCACGAGCUCCAGCGGAUGGGGGUGCCGGUGGUGGCUGGCAUUGGGCCGGAUGGUCCAAAACCUCCCGCGGAACGUCUGGUGCAUUUGGAUCUGAAGGGCGCCCCGCCCAAGCUGAGCUUCCUCAAGCAACUGCUGCCCGUGCUGCGUGCCCUGGGGGCCACCGGUCUGCUCAUCGAGUACGAGGACAUGUUUCCCUACACCGGAGUUCUCCAGCCACUGGCAGCACGCAAUGCAUACAAGGAGGACGAACUGAGGGACUUCCUAGAGUGCGCUGCUCUCCACGGUCUGAGCGUGAUGCCCCUCGUCCAAACUUUCGGGCACAUGGAGUACGUGCUCAAGCUGUCGGGUUUUGAGCAACUGCGUGAGCUGGCCUUGAGCCCGCAGUCGAUCUGCCCCAGCAAGCCGCAGAGCAUGGCGCUGCUGGAGCAAAUGCUCAGCCAGGUGAUCGAGCUGCAUCUGCAGUGCUUGGGCCAGGCGACGCCCGCCUCUGCCGUGCCCACGGCCCCCAUUCGGUUUACCCACAUCCACAUCGGAUGCGACGAGGUGCAGCGCAUGGGCGAGUGCAACACCUGCCGCCAGAGGCUGCGCAGUGAGCUCUUCCUCUCGCACGUGGUCAGUCUGGGGCACUUCAUCCGCCGGCAGUGGCCGCAGCUGGGAGUGGUCAUCUGGGACGACCAGCUGCGAUCGAUGUCGCUCAGCGAGCUGCAGCACUCGCAGAUCGGCAACUACGUGGAGCCGAUGGUGUGGGUGUAUGCCAGCGACAUCUAUCGCUUCAUCCAGCCCCAGCUGUGGGAUACCUACGCCAAGGUCUUCCCCGGCGCUUGGACGGCGUCCGCCUUCAAGGGCGCCUUCGGCGAGAGCUUGAUGGUGCCGCCGCUGCAGCACCAUCUGGAGAACAACAUCCGCUGGCUGGCCGUGAUUGCCAAGGAGGGCGGUCGGUUCUCCAAGGGAUUGCGGGGUCUGGCCCUGACCGGCUGGCAGCGGUACGAUCACUUCGCCGUGCUCUGUGAACUCCUGCCGGUGGGCAUGCCCAGUCUGAUGACGUCGCUGUCCACCGUUUCGAAGGGCUACUUUAGUACAAAUCCCAAGGAUAACGAACUGCUCCGCGUCCUGCAGUGCGUCUUCCAGCCGGACAGCCGGCGAUCGGGUCGUCCCUGGCUGGAAUUGCAUCCAAAUGCCCAUCACAGCCAACUAUUCUCCGUGUGCAACUAUCCCGGUCACAUGGUAUUCAAGUACGCCCUGCGCCUCUUCGACAAGCUGGCCGAGAUCGAGCUCUACCUGCAACAAACGCGGGACCAGAGCGCCUGGCUCUCGGACUACAAUGUGCGGCACAACUUUAGUUCACCGCUGAGGGUGCGGGAACUGACCGCCAGGUCGCCGAUGCUCAUCGAGGAGCUGCGCAUGAUGGCUCGGGAGGCACAGCAGCUGCUAUGGGAGGUGUACGACGAGUACACGGUGACGGAGUUUGUGGAGCAGACCAUUUAUCCCACCAUCGAGGCGCUGCAGCGACAAUUGGUCACGGCGGAGUCACUGCUUCAGCGGCGCACCUGGCCACAGCGACCACUUCCUCUAGUAUUGAAAGUGCAGGAGGACUUGGGACUGGUGAUGAAUCAACAGCCAAAAUAAGCUUGCUAGGUGAGCGACUACAUGUUGCCAAGCUGAAGGCUUUAUUGCCCCAAAGUCAAAAAAAGGUCAAGUUCUAAUUGGCCUGAGGCCCAGAUAUGAGUUAUUUUGCUUUCAUGGACUGAUCCCGUAUCGACUGGCACCAAUGGUUCUGAAUCUAAAUCUACUCGAUAGUGAUGGCGUUCGAAACGCCCAAUCCCAGCACGGCUAAUAAGCCAGGAUAAAUCCAAUUUUGACAGCAGCAGCGGCACUUCUCAAAAUACAUAAUGGUAGCAUUAGUCACUUGUAAUACUAAUAACAUCAAAUGUUCAUUUUUCAAGACUACUUUGUAAGCAAAAACUCAAUUAUACAAGUAAAAUAUACAAUCUAAUCGUA